AUGUCUUUUCGCUACGAGGGUCCUCGGGACCCAGCAAAUGUUCCACGAUCCAGCGCCUUUGACCUUACGCGUCAUCAAGUGGUGGUGGGCCCUCGCGAUGGUAAUGCUGGCGUCCUGGGUGCCCAGAAGGAUGUAGAUGCGGCGGUAAACAAGGCUGACGAUGCCCAGCUCGAAGAUGAAGCUGCCCUUGAUAGAUCUGCGCGGUCUGAGAGAGCAUCGAGCGAGAUUCGACAGUCUAACCGCGAGCUGCUUGAGAAAGAGAGUACCUGGAACGCCAGAUUCUUGGGCACGCGCAGGGUGGGACGCAGUCGUGUCCGACGUCUUAACGCAUGA